AUGAAAUCUGAUAAUCUUGACGAUAUCUGCAAUUUCUUUGAUGAACUUUCAAAAGUCGAGCUAGAAAAUUUGAUAAAGAAGAAUGAAGAUGUGAAGAAAGUCAUACACCAAGCAUCUGAAAAAGGAAAUCUCAGACUUGUAAAAUACCUUAUUGAAUAUGGUUGCGAUGUAAAUUAUAGCGAUUAUCUUCAACGUACUCCACUGAUUAAUGCAUCAAUAAAAGGAAAUCUUGAAGUUGUUCGAUAUCUAAUUUCUUCUGGUGCCAAUAUAGGAGCAUGCGAUAAAUCCGGAUCCACUGCUUUCAUAAUGGCAUCAAAAGAAGGUCAUCUUGAAGUUGUCAAAUACCUUAUGGAGGUUGGAGAUAAAGAUGUAAGUAAACCACUGAUUGAAGCAUCAAAAGAAAAUCGUCUUGAAAUUGUCAAAUAUCUGAUCUCUGUUGGAUCGGUUAAAGAAGUCAAAGAUGAUGGUGGAAAUACACCACUUAUUAUUGCAACAAAAGGAGGUCAUCUUGAUGUUGUUCAAUAUCUAGUCUCUGAUGGAGCAUAUAAAGAAGCGAAGAAUAAAGAUGGAAACACAUCACUCAUUAUUGCAACAAAAGAAGGCAAUCUUGAAAUUGUCAAAUAUCUGAUCUCUGCUGGAGUAGAUAAAGAAGUCAAAGAUGAUGGUGGAAAUACAUCACUCAUUAUUGCAACAAAUGAAGGUCAUCUUGAAAUUGUCAAAUAUCUAAUCUCUGCUGGAGCAGAUAAAGAAGCGAAGAAUAAAGAUGGAAAUACACCACUCAUUAUUGCAGCAAAAGAAGGCCAUCUUGAAAUUGUCAAAUAUCUAAUCUCUGCUGGAGCUAACAAAGAAGCUAAAGAUAUAUAUGGAUCCACUCCCCUCAUCAUUGCAUCAGCUUUUGAUAAACUUGAAUUUGUUCAAUACCUAAUCUCCGCUGAAGCAGAUAAAGAGGUAAAGAAUAAUGAUGGAUAUACUCCACUUCUUGAAGCUGCAUUAUUUAAUCAUCUCGAAGUUGUCAAAUAUCUAAUCUCUGCUGGAGCAGAUAAAGAAGCGAAGAACAAUGAUGGAGAUACACCACUCAUUAUUGCAACAAAAGAAGGUCAUAUUGAAAUUGUCAAAUCCCUCAUAUUUGCAGGAGCAGAUAAAGAAGCGAAAGAUAAAGAUGGAAAUACACCACUCAUUAUUGCAACAAAAGAAGGUCAUAUUGAAAUUGUCAAAUCCCUCAUAUCUGCAGGAGCAGAUAAAGAAGCGAAAGAUAAAGAAGGAAAUACACCACUCAUUAUUGCAACAAAAGAAGGUCAUAUUGAAAUUGUCAAAUCCCUCAUAUUUACAGGAGCAGAUAAAGAAGCGAAAGAUAAAGAUGGACAUACACCACUCAUUAUUGCAACAAAAGAAGGUCAUAUUGAAAUUGUCAAAUCCCUCAUAUUUGCAGGAGCAGAUAAAGAAGCGAAAGAUAAAGAUGGAAAUACACCACUCAUUAUUGCAACAAAAGAAGGUCAUAUUGAAAUUGUCAAAUCCCUCAUAUUUACAGGAGCAGAUAAAGAAGCGAAAGAUAAAGAAGGAAAUACACCACUCAUUAUUGCAACAAAAGGAGGUCAUAUUGAAAUUGUCAAAUCCCUCAUAUUUGCAGGAGCAGAUAAAGAAGCGAAAGAUAAAGAUGGAAAUACACCACUCAUUAUUGCAACAAAAGAAGGUCAUAUUGAAAUUGUCAAAUCCCUCAUAUCUGCAGGAGCAGAUAAAGAAGCGAAAGAUAAAGAAGGAAAUACACCACUCAUUAUUGCAACAAAAGAAGGUCAUAUUGAAAUUGUCAAAUCCCUCAUAUCUGCAGGAGCAGAUAAAGAAGCGAAAGAUAAAGAUGGACAUACACCACUCAUUAUUGCAAAAAUAGCAGAUCAUCGUGAAAUUGUCGAUUUCCAUAUAUCUAUUAGAGCCUAUUAA